CGCAACCGUGGUUACCACACACGAAGAAGAAGAGGAGGGCGGAAAUUUAAAACAGAAGAAGAAGAAAAGUGUGUUUAUUCUGACAGUUUUUAGGGUAUAUUGUAAGGGUAGCUAGUGCUUCAUAUCAGAAUUGUGUACAAGGGACACAUCCCGGUUACCCAUUUGAAACAAUGCACAGCAACGGUGAUCAUGAUGGCGUUGACGUCACCUCCUGGGUGUCAGUGUGUCCCGGAGGUCUCUGGAAAGUCCAGCGAAAGCAAACACAUGAAGAGAGUCAGGAGAUAGUUUCUUAUUCUGGAGAUUAUGCAGCAUGUUCAUCCAGUGACUGUCCAAGGUUGGGGUCUCUAUGUCGGGUCCGGGUGCGGCUUAAAGCUAACAUGGAUGGAGCAGAGAGUUUAGUAUCUGAAAUGGGAAAUGAGAAGCUGUCAGACCAAUCAGUGGCUGAGAUGACAGAGGCCACACCCUUCCCGAGGUGUCAGGACGCUGUGCUGCAGGUCCCGCUGGGUGACUGGAUAACACUGAGGCUCGGAGAGGGUCAGUGCGACAUCACUGAAGCAUGUGUGGAAAGGAUGAGAGCGGGACAUAAAACUGAGAUACUGAUAUCUCGAGUGGAAAAUGGACAACACGUCUCUGCUCCUGCUAAAGCAAAACUGCCUUUAUUUGCCACAGUUGAACUCAAAUCUUGCACACCAGGCAAGGAAUCCUGGGAGAUGAGUCCUGAUGAAAAGUGGCAGUGGGUGAAGUCACACAAAGAGCGGGGUGGAGUGAGAUUCAGGAGUGGGGAUGUGUGGGGAGCAGCUGACAGCUACAGUCGAGCGCUCAAACUUAUCAUCACUCUCCGUGUUCAUGGUAGAGAGGAGGAGGAAAAAGAGCAGGAAGCAGAAGAACAGAGAGACACAGACACUGGUGAUAAAACGCAUCAACAUCCUUCAGCUAAUGAAGUCAAAUCCAUCAAAGCAGAACUCCACUCAAACCUGUCCUUGUGCCAGCUUAAAGUGAACCAACCCGAACGAGCUAAGGCCAGUGCAACCAAAGCUACUCUGCUGGAACCAGGUGGAGCUAAAGCCUGGUACCGCAUGGGCCAAGCCUGCCAGAUGUUGAAUGAGCUGGAGGAGGCCAGGAAGGCUUUUAGGAAACUGCUGGAGCUGCAGCCAGAAUCACCUGCUGCUCUGAAGGCACUUAAAGACAUUGCAAGUAUAGAGAAAGAGAACAAUGCUCAGUUGGGACUUAGACUCAGCAAAAUGUUCAGCUGAACAGUGAAUCCUAUCCAGUUAUUAACAGAUGUUAUCUGUGGAACUGUAUGUUUCUUCUUAUGAAUUAGCAUUAAAUGGGUACAGCCACUGACUGAA